GUGAGGACUGACUGACUCCGUGGAAGGCUGCAUGUCGUAAUUUCCUAUUGACAGCCAGCUAGCCAGGGCUUUAAUAUUUUAGGAGGAGAAUCAGGAGAGAGAGGAGAUCAUGCUUUGUCAUGAAGUACCACAGAGACACAAGCCAGCCAGCAUCCUUCCUCACUCUGCCUCCCGACUGGCACGUCCGAUAAUUAGCGCAGACAGCAUGCAGGCAGCAUCAGUACCACUGAUGUGUUGUCGUCAUCUAGGCUACUACACUCUGAUUUAGGAAUAACUUAAUAGCUGGAUGUUAUUCAUUGAGUUCCCGGGCAUGUAGGCCUACCGUAAUAUGACCGUCGCGCCAAAGCGGUACGAACUGUUGCAACCCGGAGCAGGCAGAAACACAUUUCAAGUGUCAAGUAAGAUUCGAACUGUCCCUGUUCUGCUGCAGAUGCGCCGUCACUCUUUUCGGAACCCUGCGCCUUUUGAGUUUAUGAAAUACAUGUUUUAUAAUCAUCAUAGCUUGUAUAUUUUUGUUUCUUUGUCCAACGCGUUUUUCUCAUAGCCCAGACUAGAGCGUGUCUGUCGCAUCUGUUCCUAAAUACCAUCAUAAUGGAUACGUUUCAUUCAUCCAUGCGCAAAAGGCUGUACAGCUUGCCGCAAAACAUUGGUCAAAAAGGCUCUGUAUCUGUGAUGGUUGACGACGGAGGAGAAUACGGUGGUGGCGACAAGGACACCAAGAAGAAAAGAACCGGUAUCAGGCUGAAGUCUCUCCCUCCUCCUGGACCUUCAUCCCCCACCAGCAGUUGGAAGAGCAACGGGGACCGGGACCCCAAGAGCGGAACCGCCGGAGACUUGGAAACGGACGUUGCCAUCAAGACCAACUUGAAUGGGGACUGUCGUCUGGUCAGAGGUCGCCUUUCCUCCAUCACUGGCCGACACACUCUUGGGUCAGAUCCAGCUGAGCAGCGGAGGCUGAUCUCCGAGGCAGACACCGGUGCUAACGAAGAGAGUUACCCCGGAGGGGGCGAGCUGGGAGAGCAUGGUGCCGGCGGUCGCAGUGCUAGUGCACAUCGCCGAUCGUCCGUCUUCGAUGAGUCCACUUUCAUCAAGUUAGAAGGAACCGAACCGAUCAUGUCAGACGAAGCAGAGCAGUUGUACCGGGCGGGCUUCAUGCACCGGCAGUUCGGGGCGAUGCUUCAACCAGGAGUCAACAAGUUCUCUCUGAGAAUGUUGGGGAGCGAGAGGGCCGUGGAACACGAAAGGGAACGCGUCAAGUCUGCAGGAUUUUGGAUCAUUCACCCAUACAGUGAUUUUAGGUUCUACUGGGAUCUGAUAAUGCUGUUCCUCAUGGUGGGGAACCUCAUCAUCAUCCCUGUGGGCAUCACCUUCUUCAAGGACGAGCACACUCCCCCCUGGAUCGUCUUCAACGUCAUCUCAGACACCUUGUUCCUCAUCGACCUCGUCCUCAACUUCCGGACGGGCAUCGUCAAGGAGGACAACACCGAGAUCAUCCUGGACCCACAGACCAUCAAGAUCAAGUAUCUGAAGAGCUGGUUCAUGGUGGACUUCAUCUCGUCCAUACCAGUAGAUUACAUCUUCCUCAUUGUGGAGACCAGGAUCGACUCAGACUUCUACAAGACGGCCCGAGCGCUGAGGAUCGUGCGGUUUACGAAGAUCUUGAGUUUGUUGAGGCUUCUGAGGCUGUCCAGACUCAUUAGAUAUAUACACCAGUGGGAGGAGGUUUUCCAUAUGACCUAUGACCUGGCCAGUGCCAUGGUGAGGAUCGUGAACCUGAUAGCUAUGAUGCUGCUGUUGUGUCACUGGGAUGGAUGUCUGCAAUUCCUGGUUCCCAUGCUGCAAGAGUUCCCCUCUGACUGCUGGGUCACCAGAAACAAGAUGGUGAAUGACACGUGGGGCCAGCAGUAUUCCUAUGCCCUGUUCAAGGCUAUGAGUCACAUGCUGUGUAUCGGGUACGGUAUGUACCCUCCUGUGGGCCUGGUAGACGUUUGGCUCACCAUCCUCAGUAUGAUCGUGGGAGCCACCUGCUAUGCCAUGUUCGUAGGCCAUGCUACCGCUCUGAUCCAGUCACUGGACUCAUCCCGACGUCAGUACCAGGAGAAGUAUAAACAGGUGGAGCAGUACAUGUCCUUCCACAAGCUUCCUGCCAGCAUGCGGCAGCGGGUCCAUGACUACUACGAACAUCGCUUCCAGGGCAAGAUGUUUGACGAGGAGAGCAUUCUGGGGGAGCUGAACGAACCGCUCAGAGAGGAGAUCGUCAACUUCAACUGUCGUAAGCUGGUGGCUUCGAUGCCUCUGUUCGCCAACGCCGACCCCAACUUUGUGACGUCAAUGCUGACCAAGCUGCGUUUUGAGGUGUUCCAGCCCAUGGAUAGCGUGGUUAUGGAAGGGACUGUCGGCAGAAAGAUGUACUUCAUCCAACACGGGGUGGUCUGCGUCAUCGCCAAGGGCAACAAAGAGACCAAGCUGUCUGACGGGUCCUACUUUGGAGAGAUCUGCCUGCUGACUCGGGGCAGAAGAACGGCCAGUGUUCGCGCUGAGACCUACUGCCGGCUGUACUCUCUGUCUGUGGACAACUUUAACCAGGUCCUGGAGGAGUACCCCAUGAUGAGACGGGCCUUCGAGACCGUGGCUCUGGACCGGCUGGACCGCAUAGGAAAGAGGAACUCUGUGCUCCAACACAAAGUCACCCAGAACUCAGGAGCUGUGAACCUCCUGGAGAACGCGAUCAUCCAGAGGAUCGUACAACAAGACCGGGACAUGGCCAUCCAGAGCAACAUCUCUCCCCUGUCCCUGGAUCCCGACGCCCCAUCUCCCACCUCCACCCCGGGGGUCAUCUGGGCUCCCUUGGUCCAGGGCCCCCUCCAGACCGCUGCAGCCACCACCUCUCUGGCUCUGGCCUUCUCCCACUCCCAUCUCCACGCCCAGCUCCCUCCGAUCCUCUUUCACCGUCCGCUCUCUGUCUCCGAGUCAUUUAAGGAUCCUAGAGGCCACCGUCUGCAGAGGGGCAUGUUUGUGGGUGUGUCCAGUGGCUGUGGCUCCGGGGCUGCGUCUCCGGACGGUUCUGUGAUGUUCCGUUCUGGAGUGGACACUCCGAUAUUAGCCUCGCUCAGGGCGCAGCAUUUAGUCUCCACAGCCUCCUCCAUGUAUCCUCUGUCACCUCUGACCUCCAUGUACCAGCCCACCUCCUCCAUCACCUCCACCGACUCCCAGGCUCAGCCCAGCAGAGCCUCUCCCUUCCCCCUGGGCCAGGCCUCCAUCCGGGAGUAUCCACCCUCCUCCUCCUCCUCCUCCACUUCCACCUGCAUGGCCCAGCUCCAGCACCACCACCCCUACGGCCCACCAGGGUCCCACCAGCAGGAGGCAUCAGGGAGGCCCACCAUGGGCAUGCCGAGAUACCCAGCCCACUCAGCCCCCUCUGGUUCCACCCUAAGCCCUCUCAUCUGUAGCCCUGUCAGCCCCAUCCUGAGCCAGCUACAGAACUCUCACACUACCAGCGCUCAGCAGCAGCAGCAGCACGUCAAGAUGGGACCUGGUCAUCAGGAGAGAGCAGGCCACCUCCUCCUCCCCCACUGUCCCUACACGACCACAAGCCCUAGCAACCCCACCCAGCACCACAGCUCCAGUGGGUUUCUAUCUAUAUCUAUCCCAGAACAGGCCAGCGUUGGAGGUGUUGGAGGUGUUGGAGGCAUUGGAGGUGUUGGAGGUGUUGGAGUCCAAUCCUCCCUGGUGCAUCACAGUCUGGCAGGCCUCCACCCCGGCCUCCACCCCAGUCUCCUCCCACAGGUUCUCCCAGAGCACUCUGCUCAUUCUUCCCACUUUGCCCUGGCCUCGCUGGCCCAGUACGGGUCAGGGGAUGGCUCCCCGGCCUGUACCCCACCGGUAACACACAGCCCCACCAUCCAGAGCCCGCUGACAGGCAGGACGGUGCUUCAGCUCCACAGCCAGCUCCACAGCCAGCUCCACAGCCAACCCUCCAGCGCCAAUGGCUCUCACAGCUCCCUCACCCCACAGACAUCAUGCCCUCCCCAGGUAGAUGGGAGAGGGCAGAGGGCAGAGUCUCUGGUGGAUCUCUUCACGCAGGAUGUCAGGACUAUCUCCACUGUUUCCACCUCGGGCUCACACACCUAUCUACCCCAGGAAGGGGCUCUCUCCAUACCGCCUCUCUCCAUAUCUUCAGGGGGGCUUGGUUCCUCUCUUCCCAUGGUGGGUGGUAGCAGUAAUAAAUGGUACAGCCCCACCCCAGGACACGCCACUCCUCUGAGUCACUACACUCCCAUGGGAUCUGAACCUCCAACUGCCGUGAGCCAAGAAGCACCGAACUCUUCGCAUCCCAACCGCAGUCGUCCUGUUACAUCCGGGGCAGAGUACACAGUCUCCAAUCUCCCUUCCAACUUGUGAGGUUUAAAAACACCCUCCUGCGAUGCUUGAACUAUGGGGAAAUUGUCUUUCCUUAUUGGCAUUGUGUUUUUUUAAUUGCUAGUGUAGGUUUUCUAUUAUUCAAGGAGGGUGCGAAGGAGUACAUAUCUAUAUUGCAGGAAAGAGACUUAGGAGAAAGAUGUAUUUUUUUAUGCAGAGUGAAAGAACAGAGUGAGUUCCCAGCGGGCGAAACCAGUUCUGGUUGUAAACAAUUGGUAAUGAUGUCAUUUCAGCCAUCUUUGCCCACUGGGUUAAGUAUUUUUCAACAGUACAAUGUUACUACUACUGUACUAUGUUGAAUGUGGAGGUACUGUACCAAUAUGGAUUGCUGGAUAAUAUUAAACCACAAGAAAAUAUAUUGACCAAUUUCCGAUCACAUAAAAUAUAUAUUCUAGCCUAUAUCCUCACGUUGUAAUUUUGUGUUUUAAGUAUUUGUUAAACAUGCAUAUUUAUCUAACCUUUGACCCUUAUAGAGAUUAUGACAACAAAAAAUAUUGACCUUUUUUAAUAAUAUGAUAUUUUCUCAGUGUAUUGUGGUUCCCUUUUUCACUUCCUGUUGUGGAAGUGUGGAGAGCGUGAGGCCACCCAAAGUAAAGGACUAUGACUGAACUGCACUUUGAUAAAUUUCAGAGAUUAACUGAAAAAAAUGUAGAUGGUAUGUCUACCAAUAUCUUGUUUCAGCCAUAUUGGAUGGAUCCUUGUGUAUGUGUUCUAAGAAUAUAUGUCUACAUUCUGUAUACAUUUUUUAACUAGAUAUCUAAACAUAAUAAUAUCUCAUCAAAAGACAUGAAUAUAUGUUUUUGACAAGUGACUGUGGAUUUUAAAGUAAACCGUUUGGAAAUUAAUCAUUGGGUUUUGGAUGAAAGUAAGCAUUGUGAGAAUACAGUAAUCCUUGUCAGAAUACAGUAAACCUAGUGAGAAUACAGUAAUACUUGUGAGAAUACAGUGAGGAAAAAAGUUGCAUUUACGAUAAAGAUACAGAGAUUUUACAGAGGUACAUGUGAGGUCUGUGUGUGGACUGGUUGGACUCGACACAGUAAUCUUUGUGUUUGUGUGGCUAUACAGACAGUACAGUCAGAGGAACAGUCUCUUUGUCCAUAACAACAGUGGACAGAUGGGCAACAGAGAAGUUCGCUCGACUUAAACACGAGAUAAACAGGAGACAGAGGUGUGUUCAUCAGGCACCAAACAGAAGAGAACAGACUGAAACGGGGAGGGACUAUCUGGACUUGUCCAAUAAGAAAGGCUCAUUUUUUUUUUCUGUUGCAAAAUUUUUUAAACAUUUUUUUUGGUAAUGUUCCAUUGUGUGGCCUAAUGAACAAGACUCAGGUUUGGAUACACAAGGGGCUCUAUUGAGUCUGUUUCGCUGGUACAAAUGUAACGUUCAUUUUCCCGAUUGCGCCGAUAUAUGCAGCGUUUACCUUGAAUUCGGUCUCAGCUAACGCGGGAACACGGCCUCUAAAAUUCAAUCACAGCGGUAACGCUGAAUUUAAAAUGAAUUUAAAAAAAUAACGGAUUGAAUAGAGCCCAAGGUCUGUGAAUGGUGUCACCACUGAACAGUUUAAUGUCUGAGAGACAACGAUGAUGUUUAUAUUGCACCAAAUCAAAAGGGUCAGAAGUUGUUACUUUGCGAACAAAGAUAAUAAACUCCUGGGUGUCAUUUUUCUGUAUAUUUUCCUUUUGUUUUUCGUUGUUUUAUGAUUUAAGAUUAUCUAGUCAUUAUUAUUAUCUUAUACGAAAAUGUACUAUCCCCUUGUCCAGUUAUAGAAAUGAUUGUUCUGGUCGCCUUGACGACGUUCUCUAAAUCACGUUGUCCACAGACAUAGGAAUGAGACAUCUGUUGAAUUGAUCAUGAUUGAUCAAUGACUAACUCUUAUUUUGAAAAGGUUACUUUCAUUCUGAAAGGGUCAACAAACCAAAGGCCUCUACAUUUCACCCAGUAUCUCCAUAUCUAUAUAUCCUGCUAUUUGUGUAUAUAAUAACAUGUGUUUAUGUUUGACUAUUUUAUUUAUCUGACCUCUGACCCUGUUAUCUGAUCUCUGACUUGGGCGAAUAUUAAACUGAUCGCAAGGUCAUGCCCUUGAGAAUCCAAUCCAAACGCCUCAGUUGCCUGGUUACUGGGGGUCCCUGGGAGCCUUAGCUGGCAGGUGAGGGCAGGUGUACACACACAGUCCUGUAGUGACUCUCUGUCUGACCCUAUAGACAGGAUAUAAAUCACAUCAGUCACUACUCAGUCACUCCUCAGUCACUGGGCCUGCUACUGGUGGUGGAUCAACCUUCCAUUACUAUUCCUCUCAUUCCUCUCCUCUGUCCUACCCCUCUC